CCGCCACCCAUUCAUGCGUCAUCCGGACUAGAGUCGCCCUCUGAACGGAGAGCCCAGACGAAACGAAGAGGACCAUGAGUAUAUUCCAACCCAACUUCCGUUUCACACAGCACCGCUCGCCCGCAGUCCAAAUCAGGAAUCAAAGAUUACAGUUCCGAUACCGGACCAAAUCCUGCUUCUAGAAGAGAUGAUUGACUGCCGAACGAACGCAUCGAAGAUACACAGAAGUGAGUCCUCACAUGAGGCGAUGAUGUUCUGGGGGAAUGACUGGAUGGAUGAAUGAAGCAUACAGAGUUCUCGGCGGGGACGCCCUCGGCGACCAUCAAAGACCGCUGCAGCCAAAGGCGAACAGCGGGUCGGUCGUCCGAGAAGCCGCAGCGACGACUCGAGUUGACUUUAUUGGUGGGCAACUCACAUUGACAGUGUUCCAAUCCAACAUUCCUUUUAAGUGCAGGGUCCUCCCACCCGUUUCCUCGUCUCGCCCUCUUACGAAUCGUGUGUCACAUUGCGUGUCUCAAUAUCUCUGAAGCUCCUGCUCCCACUGCAGCGAGCUCCUCGUUGAUCUCGUCGGAGCUUACAGACCGUAGCCAUGUCUCAGACCAUCUCUCACACUGAAGUGCUCCAGGUCCGCGCGGACGAACUAUGGGAGGCCGUCAAGCAGGCGGACACGCUCAUGCGCGCCAACAUGCCUGAGUUCUUCGCAAAAUCGGAGUAUGUGCAGGGCAAUGGCGAGCCUGGCAGCAUCCGUGUGAUCAUCCUGGGUUCAGCCAUCCCUCACGUGGGGCAAAUCAAGGAACGCGUGGACAAGUUCGACGACGCCACCAUGACGAUGGCCGCCACCGUCCUGGAGGGCGAUCCCCGCUACAGCUCCUUCAGUGAGCAGGUGCAGCUCGUCCCCAAGGGCGACACCACCGAAGCGACCUGGACUGCCAAGUACGAGCCGGUCGGCGACAUGGGCCCUCCCGAAGAGAAGAAGGCCCUCUCAGCCCUGAUGCUCAAAACCCUUGAGCGCGCCGUGCUCGACAAGAAAACCCUGACGCAUGUCCAGACGCUGGAUGUAAGUCCCGAAGACAUCUGGAAAGCUUGUGAGAGAGUGGACGACAUUCUCGCCAAGGCCAUGCCCCAAUUCUUCGAGACCGUCACGCUGCUGAACGGUCACGGCGAGCCUGGCAGCGUCCGCGUUGUGAAGAUGGGACCUGCUGUCCCCCACGCUGGAGAAGUCACCGAGCGCAUGGACUUGUUCGACAAGGAAACCCGCAAGCUCGGCUACACAGUGCUCAAGGGCGAUCCCCGGUACUGGUGCUUCAAAGCCACGAUGCAGUUCAACGAAGGGCCCACCAAGGGUACCACCGAGGGCCUCUGGAUGGCGUCCUACGGCCCCCUGGGCAACAUGGGCCCUCCGGAGCACAUCUGGGGCAUAGUGCAGCUGGUGUGGAAGGCCCUUGCCGGCGACGUGAAGGAGCACCCGGAGCUCUACGCAUAAGCUUACAGACAGCACGAGCGCGGAUACAACAGUAAUUGUCAAUCGAUCGUCGCAUCGUGCAGACCGAAUCACAUGUUCUGGCUAAGAAGCAAGUAUCUGCGCAUUCGGUGGUGGUGAUCGACAGGAGUAGCGUUUUGUUAGCCGGACCUGGAUGUCCUCCGGGGCUUUUCUAUUUUUUUAUUUUUUUAUUUUUUUUUGUAAGGUGCCGAUGUAAUGUAAAAACUUUCUAUUGUUGAUUAUCGAUGGAGACUUGUGCGUGAGGUGUGAGCGGGUUUCCAAUGCA